CUUUAACCAACAUAACUAAAGUCAUCCUACUUCUAUAACGUUCGUUUUUGCUCAGCCUCCUGUCUAUCUCCAGGAAUCACAGGGCAAAGGUUGAAGAAACCAUUUUUUUAACAUUGCGAAGAGACAAAAGCGCCAAUUAUCGCUGAAUUUUUGCUUUUUCCCUUCCACUUUAUCAUGGCCACCGUUCUGAUCGCAGGCGCGGCCUCGGGGUUAGGCAAAUCCUUCCUGAACUUCUUCUUGCAGCAAUCGAAUGUCGAAUCUAUUAUCGCAAUUGACCGAAAUGCCGUCGUGGAUGUCACGGAUUCCAGGCUCGAAACGUACCUCGUGGACAUCAGCUCGCCGGAAUCGAUCGAAAACUUUGCAAAAGUCAUAGGCGGCACACCAAUCCAUCUCGCCAUUCAAAGUGCGGGAAUAAGAGGUCUUGUGCCUUCAGUCGAAAAUGAAUAUCCAGAUGAGGUUGCGAGAGCAGAGACGCUGGAAGUCAUGGACAUGGCAACAAUGGCGAAAGCCUUCCAGAUCAACGCGAUAGGAACAUUUUUGCUUAUUCGAGCCAUCUUGAAAAACUUGAAGCUCGCGUCGAAAGAUGGCGCCCGGGCAAAAGUGGUGGUCAUGGGUUCGAGAAUGGGUUCAGUGAGCUAUAAUACCGCAGGUGGCGGUUACGCGUAUAGGGCAAGCAAGGCUGCCCUCAACGCGAUAAUGAAGAGCUUCAGCAUCGAUGUUCCGGACGUGAUCUUCACAACGCUUCAUCCGGGCCGGGUCGAAACUGGCCUUGUCAAAUGCCGUGAAGCCGGCGCCAUAGAAGCAGACGAAAGCAUCGAGGACAUGAUGAAGGUGAUUGACAACCUCACAAAUGCCGACAGUGGUAGAUUCUAUGACAGGUUCGGCCAGGACAUAGGAUGGUGAUGUUUUUCUACAUAGACGCUUUGAGCACGGCAAAAGCAUCCUCCCGUGCUCCGACAUAACGUUCCUCCGCAGUCUUCCAGUUGAUGACCGACCAAACAUUCUCCACGUAAGCAGCUUUGCCGUUCAAGUACUGCAAAUAAUACGCAUGCUCCCACAUGUCAACGCCAAAUACUGGCACCUCUCCGGUGCCGACGACUGGAUCUUGGUCUUUCGUAGUCACGAUGCCCAAUCGGCCGUUCUCAUUCUCAAACUUGACGAGCCAGCC